AUGAUUGAUUGUAAACCAAAGAGCACACCACUUGAAGCUAAGAUGAAGAUGAUGUCCAAUAACACUCCCUUUGAUGAUCCAAGUUACUUUCAUGGGCUUGUUGGAUCUUUACAAUACCUCACCCUUACUCGCCCUAAUAUUUCAUACAGUGUUAAUUUUGUGUCCCAAUUUAUGCAUUUACAAAUGGCCCAUCAUAUAUUACGAUAUGUCAAGGGAACUAUUGAUGUAGGUCUCCACUUUACUUCAAAUACCACACUUGAUCUUUUUGCUUUUUCUUAUGCAAAUUGGGCAGGUUGUCCUACCUCUCGAUGCUCCACCACUGGUUAUUGUAUCUAUCUUGGAGGAAAUCUUAUCUCAUGGUGUGCUAAGAAACAACCAACAGUUUCUCGCUCUAGCACGGAAGCUGAAUAUAGGGCCAUGGCAAACACUGCCAUUGAACUCACAUGGCUUACCUUUCUCUUGCAAGACCUUCACAUUUCACUUGCAUCCCUUCCACUGUUAUACUGUGAUAAUCUCAAUGCUCUUCACAUGACCAUCAAUUCAGUAUUUCAUGCCCGCAACAAGCACACUGAAUUGCAUUAUCACUAUGUCCGUGAACGAGUUGCUCUUGGCCAUCUUGUCACUCACCACAUUCCUACCAAUGAUCAAGUUACUGAUUUGUUCACUAAGCCCGUGUCCAAAGCUACUCUCAUGCAUUUUUGGACCAAACUCUUCCUUCAACCUCGGCCUCGUUUGAGGGAGGAUAUUAACAAUAAUCAGUUGUUGGAUGACAAUCAUGCAAAAAAAGGAAACAAAGAGCCGUUGGAAAUAGAUCCCUAUUAUUGUGCUACUGAUAAUGGAAAGCUGUUGGAAGACUAA